UGACAGAAGCGAUGUCAUCAUCGUACGGGUUUCACGCCCUAAUCUGCAUGGUCAAUGUCUCUUCCUGUAUUCCGAUGUCGUCGUUCCAUCGAAGCAAAAAACUUUUUUAAAGUUUUCGACCACUUCGGAAGUGCACAUGUCAAGUUGAAUGUGCCAGACUUUUUCUCUCGUGGACAGACCUCAAGGGAGAAAUUGCACGUCUCUGGGAGUCAAAACACUGCUCUUGAAGUCAAUUGAAUAUUGACUCGAAUGCCUGGUUGAGUCACAUUCCUACCAACAGAACACGUACACACAAAAAAAAACUGUGUUUCAGACAUGGCAGCAAGAGGUGGUGCACAAAGACCAAAUGGGACACAGGGGAAGAUAUGUCAGUUUAAACUGGUGUUACUGGGGGAGUCGGCCGUGGGCAAGUCCAGUCUAGUGCUACGGUUCGUCAAGGGUCAGUUCCACGAGUACCAAGAGAGCACCAUAGGAGCUGCUUUUUUGACACAAACAGUCUGCCUAGACGAUACGACAGUAAAGUUUGAGAUCUGGGACACAGCGGGCCAGGAGCGAUACCACAGCCUAGCACCGAUGUACUAUCGGGGAGCCCAAGCAGCCAUCGUAGUCUAUGACAUUACAAACCAAGACACAUUUGCACGGGCCAAAACAUGGGUCAAGGAGCUACAAAGACAAGCGAGUCCCAACAUAGUUAUAGCGUUGGCAGGCAACAAGGCUGACCUGGCCAACAAGCGGAUGGUUGAAUACGAGGAGGCCCAGGCAUACGCAGAAGAAAACAGUUUGUUGUUCAUGGAGACAUCGGCCAAAACGGCCAUGAAUGUCAAUGACAUUUUCUUGGCAAUUGCCAAAAAGCUUCCCAAAAGCGAGCAAGCGGGUGGAGCCGGUGCGGUUCAGAGGCAAGGUGGACGGGGGGUGGACCUCACAGAAAACCAACAACAGUCGUCAGGGGGAUGCUGCAAAUGAAGGCGUACCCCACCUCUUCAAAAACUCUCUGUACAAAAAAAACAAACACACGAUAACAACAGCAGCAAAUCACUGUUGGGUCGGGAAUGAUUCAGUUGGGCAUUUGGGGGGCGGGGUGGGGCAGGGAGGGGGGGUGAACAGUGUCCCAGUUUGAGUUGAUUUGAUGUGAUCAUCAUGUACCAGUUUGGAAAUUGAAGGGCACACUCUGAGUAAUUUUUCUGCUGUUUUAAGUUGAUCACUCUGAAGUUGUUUUCUUUGUGUUUUGGUUAUUUAGAGUUAAAAAGACUUACUGAUUCUUGAUUAACCAGUUUACAUUUGGUUUCACUGUUUCUGUUUUUUUGUUUUAGAAAUGCAUUGUAUCAAAUUUGCCCAAGUCAAAGAAAUUUUAUGAAGCCAAAUGGUUCCAUUCCAUCUGUAGUUAACCUUUACAUCGCAAAAUUUCAACAUGAUUUCACACACACCCAGGGCCAGGGGAGUUCAGGUUGAACCAAGUGUUUUGAUAUUUUUUCUUUUAAAAAAAAAAACCACCGUGUGAACAAGAAACUCAUUCCGGCAUUUAGGAAUGAACACGACUGAAAUUAUGUAUCUCGCUGUGCAAUGAAUGGACGAGUCCGGUAUGAAAAAAUAUGCCACAAAAAAGGAAUUGUGACCCUGUGUAAAUGCCGUUCUUCACCCAGACAAAUUUUUGCUCUCUGUUCGAGUCUUAGGCAGAAUAAAUACUCAAGCCUGAGGAUCCACCAAUGAGAUCAGUGCUCAAGUCAGUGGCCAUCAGGAACAAGAACAUUCCAAAAGCAUUUUUCUCUUUGUACUUGCAAGCGGCAUGGUUCUUCAAGAAUUGUGUGAUAGCAUGUGAAGGUGACUUGUUUUGAAAAUCUUUUUUCAUCUGGAGUUACGCGGUAAUAAGAGUUCAGCGUGACAGUGAUAAUGCAAACCUGCGAGCUGUGCUCUUCAUUUGUACAAUACAUGCUUACAACGAGCUUCCCUGCUCUCUGAAAACUGGUUUUAGGAAAAUUUCUCAGAGUGUGCCUUCUUUGGUAAAAAAAAAUUUGGUGUUAUUUGCCUCAACCUAAGAACAAAUGCAUCACUUUUUUUCCUGGCAGGCUAGUAGCUUGGAAAGUGUGGAAUGUUAGCACCCCCUGUGCCUGUCCCCGCGCAGUGAUCUAUUCCUUUCGUUAUUCCAGAUACCAGUGUGCAGCUGUUGACCUCCGUCUCUUCAAUGAAUACCACCACCACCAUAUGAAUAUAUCUUACAUAAGGUAAUAACUGAAAGAAGUUUUGGCAUACCAUUUGUACAAAGAAAAUCUGCCGUAAUAGACAAGACAUUCUUCUGGUGGGCAGACUUUUGUGUGUGUGUGUGCAUUGAAUCCUGCAGAGAGGGAGUCAGGUUGAGCUGUGACUAAUGUUUCAGUGUGGUUAGGGAAUUGACAACUCUCUGUGAAGAGUGUUGCCGUCACAAAUGUCUGCCGGAAGGGAGGGAACCAUGACUAACGUGAGCUGAUUGACUUCAAAUGGGAUGUGCAGCAGACAGCCAUUUGGUCAGGCUGGGUUGUUGUCACAGACCAGUGACCAUCAGUCAGUGGGGUUAUGUUAGUGAAAUGUGGGUGUUGAUGUGAAGAAGCAUCCAACGACUUCUCGGUAAACAACUUUCCCUGAAGUUGAGCUGGAAUCACAGGCAGGGCCUCUGUGGGUUUGUCUGAAAGGCAAAGGAACCUGGUGGGCAUCUGUCUCUGGGGAGCUGGGGCUCGUUUUAGGUAGUCUUCAAGCUCCACGUGGUAAGCUGAAUUGUGAUGACUGAGUGACAUCAAUAGUCCAGAUUAGUAAUGCAGUGAGAACACAUGUACACUGUCGUCAAAUCCAGGACGGACUUGACGCUUACCAGUACAGGUGCUUGCUCACAAGGAAAGACAGCAUUGAAACGGACUCGUGGCCAACUGAACAUGUCCUCGAGGUCUGAGUGGUUAGAGUUGAAAGCAUGCUUUGAGUUUUUAGCUAUGUGGUGCAAGUAACUCUGAAAUAUUUACGUCAACAUUAACCAACACGAUACAGAGAUCUUUGCCUGAAGGGAAAAAACGACAAAGACUUUUGAUUCAUCUAUUUGCAACAGUCACAAGUAUUUCAAAAUGACCCCACUCCCCCAAAAUGGUUAUUAAAUGGAAAUUAAAAAGAUACUGGUUCCUGUGAAAAAUCACAUCAAAGUAACCAUGGGUGAUCUGAUGAAAAAUAUUGUAUGUACAGACCGCUUUUUGGAACAUUUGCUGAAAGCGGCAUUAUUUGUAUGUAGUGGGUAGAACUCUGCAUUUAAAUAAAUAUUUGUGUAUUGAUUAAAACAUCUUUCGCCAUGUAAAUUUAUUUGUUUGUUUUUUAAUUUCGAUCAUGAAAAAUUGCUUUUCUGUCAAAAGAAGUCUUGAAAUGACUGGCGCAUGUAAAAGCUUUCAAGCCAGCCUUGUAGAAUCUAUAAUUAUAGUAUUCAUGAAAUGUAUGUUUUGACUGCUAAAUUGAGGGAAGGAUCAAAUAUGUAUCAAUUUGCAGUAGCAACAGAGUGAAUCGUCUGACAACAUAGGUGCAUCCCCUAGAUGUCAAUGGUUCCACCCACAUUAAUGGUGUAGCAUUUGUCCAUAGAUCAUCCCACUAUGUUUGUAAGGGGUGAGUAAUGGUCUUGUUUCCCAAGGCCUUUGAGGGGAAUAGGCCAUGAUUGUAAUUUAAAGGUGUUAAUGGUUAUACUUGUCUGAACUGAGAGGACACAUUUUUGCAUACUUGUAAAUUGUAUCACGUAGUUGAACAUUUAUGCAGUCACCCCUCCCCCAAGCAAGUGGAUUCACCCUGAUUAUAUGGUAACUGGAUUACUCCGACUUGAAGGGUAGAAUACCUAAAGAACAGUAGUGAAGUAGGACUUGACAAUUGCUAUCAGAUAACGAUAAUUAUGUUAUACAAAAAAUCUGUUGAAAGAAAGUGGAUAUCUGCUUCUCUUGUGUAAUAACCUACUGUACAAAUGUGUUAUGUUCAUACGAACCAUCAAGUGGACAGCCAAAUCGGAAAUUUUUUAAACUUUGAUCUGGAAUUUUGUUUUGUUUGUUUUUUGACAUAGUUCUAUAAGCAAGGGAUCCAGUGGAGGAGGUUCAUUUUAUUUAAAUUUUUUUUUGGGGGGGGGACGGUAGUUUUAGUUUUAGAAGAGACAAACUAUCAGAUUGUUCAAAACAAAUGCCCUGCAGUUGUUCCCCUUAAGAGGAAACAAUACAGCUUAAAAAAAUCACACAUUUUGACUUGACCUUUUUCUUUUUAAUGUUGUGAUAGAAUUGUUUUUAUUUGUUUUGGGGUCAUACUUUUACACCACUACAGUUAGUCCUGUAGCCUUCCAGAACCUUUGAAGUCCAAGGAAGGAUUUGGUAGGGAUUUUUCAUUACUUGGGACUAAGUCCCACUUAGUUCUUGGUACAGACAGAGAGUGCCUCUGGGUGUACCAGUUAGUGUUUGUCAUUGCCGAUGGGGUCAACAGAAGCAUUCUAGUACUUGUGUCCUGAAUAAUGCAACCAAGAACAUAGAAAUUCCCGAUGCUCAGAUACAUUCUUCUAGUGUAACUUUGUUUUUUAAGGUUGAUUUUGUGUCAGUUUAUUAAACUUUUACCAUGGCCACAUACAUGUAACUGCAUCAUAAUAUGUAACCCAGUCGGAGAAUAACAGAAUCGUGCACCUGUAUAUGAACCCAUCAAUUUUAGCACUGUCUAAGGAAAUUUUUCUAGAUGUUCUUUGGAAAGUGAUGAACAUCUCCUUCGCGGCACCACACAUGGCCAUCUUCUAAAUAAAGGUUAGAUCGAACCACGUUUGAGUCACAGACUUCUCUGUGAGAGCGCAUUGUGUCCGAUGUCUCAAUGUAGAUUCAUGUAAUUUUCUUUCCUAUUUUUUUCUCGGUUGUUUUAAACCAUGGUGUUUGGCUGUAUAUUGCAAUGGUUAGUAGGCCAUUAGAUCUGUACCAAAAACAAAAAAAUUCAGAGGGAAAAAUGAGAAGGGGAGAUUGUUCCAAUGGGGAGUACACGUACACUGUUCUUGUCAGGAGGAGAAAAAAAAA